AUGCUUGCAUUUCGCACUUCUAUCGUCGUGAUUGUGUUAGGACUCAUAUCUACAAUCACGUGCCAACAAACUUUCUCUGUCAAGUGCAGUGCUGGACUCAAGUAUUACGAUAAAGACCACUUCCUAUGUCAAUCUUUUGAUGAUGACAACGACAAUGAAUACGCGCGUACAACCUACACAAACUGGAAAUGCCUCGCGCCCAUGCAGACGCACCCUUCAGGCAGUGACUGUGUCACAAUUCCCGACCAGCGCAUAGAAAAGUCAGUUAAAUUGAGCAGCGCCACAUGUCGUGAUAUUUACUCAACUUGGGUGAGCGAUAAAUUUAAGAAGGGUAUCCUUUGUCGUACCACUACUGGUGUCCGAGUGAAUUGUAAAGUCAUGCAAGCCGCUUCGUUUGCAAAUUGCGAGAAGAUUCGUUGA